GUUUGACCGAAGUCAUAUGUACUGUACAUGCUAAAGGCUGCUGUCUUCUGUAAGAGAGAAACAGUGUUGAGGAAGCGGUACGGACAAUGAUUGAAUAUGGGGCUCUCUUUCGCUUUACUGGGAGAUGUUGGACGGCGUCAGGUGGCGAGAACACCGUGUCCUAGACUUAGUUGCCCUGCGUAAUUUAUUGCAGCACAAUCACUGCUUGGAAACAUCUCAUUUUUUGCGGUGCCUACUUCGCGGAAUAUUUCGUCAUUUUUCUUCUGUAUUGCCAUCGGUACCACCCAAGGAAGACAGCUGUUUGCUUCCUCUUGAGAUGACAGAGCACACGAGUGUGGGAGAGAAGUAAAAGUUUUCUCUCGGACCGACAACCACCAGCCUCCUCCUCCUCCUCCUCCUCCUCCUCCUGCGCUCCCACCGCCGGCAUGACCCUCGGCGCGGUGUCCGGAUCCGACAGCUCGUCGGCGGACAGCUUCUGCUCCUGCUGCGGGGCCAAGAUGGUACCCUGUUUCAGCGACGACGCGGUGGUGUCAACAAAUCAGAUCAACCAGCUUAUCAGUGAGAGCUUCCUCACUGUGAAAGGUGCAGCCCUGUUCCUUCCCAGGGGAAAUAGCCCCACGCCUAACUCUGCACCUCGUAUCAGCCAGCGCAGGAACAAGCACACAGGUGACCUUCAGAAACACCUCCAGACCAUGUUCACUGUGCUGCGGCCAGAGGACACCAUCCGACUGGCUGUGCGUCUGGAGAGCGCCUACCCUCAGGUAACCCGCUACAUGGUGGUGGUCUCCACCAAUGGUAGACAGGACACGGAGGAGAGCAUCGUGCUCGGAAUGGACUUUGUCUCCUCUGAUAGCUGCUGUACGGUGGGUCUGGUUCUACCUCUGUGGAGUGACACUUUGAUCCACUUGGAUGGAGACGGUGGUUUCAGUGUGUCAACGGUGAGCAGGGUUCAUGUUUUCAAGCCAGUUUCUGUACAGGCCAUGUGGUCAGCCCUCCAGUCGCUCCACAAAGCGUGCGAGGUGGCGCGCUGCCAUAACUACUACCCAGGCAGCCUGUUUCUGACCUGGGUCAGCUACUACCAGAGCAGGGUCUCAUCCAACCAGUUCUGUAUCAACGAGUGGAACGCCAUGCAGGACGUGGAGUCGCACCGUGCCAAUUCACCCGUCCUCUUCACAGACCUGCCCACAGAGAGGGAGCGCACAGAAAGGCUGAUCAAGAUGCGCCUCAGAGAGAUCAUGAUGCAGAAAGACCUGGAGAACGUCACCUGUAAAGAGAUCCGAACAGAGCUGGAGAUGCAAAUGGUGUGCAACCUGAGGGAGUUUAAAGAGUUCAUAGAUAAUGAGAUGAUUGUCAUCCUGGGACAGAUGGACAGCCCCACAGAAAUCUUUGAACACGUCUAUCUGGGCUCUGAGUGGAACGCCUCUAACCUGGAAGAGCUGCAGAACAGCGGAGUGCGCUACAUCCUGAACGUGACUCGAGAGAUAGACAACUUCUUCCCAGGGAUGUUUGAGUACCACAACAUCCGAGUGUACGAUGAAGAGGCCACCAACCUGCUGGAGUAUUGGAACGAAACCUACAAGUUCAUCACCAAAGCCAAGAAAGCCGGUGCUAAGUGUCUGGUUCACUGUAAGAUGGGCGUGAGUCGGUCCGCCUCCACAGUGAUUGCCUACGCUAUGAAAGAGUACGGCUGGGACCUGGACACGGCCUUCGACCACGUUAAAGAGAGACGGGCUGUCACCAAACCAAACCCUUCCUUCAUGAAACAGCUGGAGGAGUAUCAGGGAAUUCUGCUGGCCAGCAAACAAAGGCAUAAUAAGCUAUGGCGCUCACACUCUGAUAGUGACCUAUCGGAUCGCCCAGAGUCGAUGUGUAAACCUUCCUCUCUGGUCCGCUCCGACUCUCACAACAACAACACUUCCUCCCCUUCCUUACAUCACUUCCUGGGCGUGGCUGUGCUGCAAGCACUCGGUGCUGAACCUGAAGCCAAAUCACCAAACACCACAGACACCUCUGACUCACACUCAGACUCCAACGGUGUGUGUGACUCACCAGGUCAGGAGGAGGUCAGGUCAGAUUGCGGAGACCGCCUCCCCCUCCCCCUCCCCCUCCC